UUCACAACUCAUACCCAUGUGAGUCCGAAACAGUCCGUUGCAAGGAUCUUAAAACCCACUCCAACCCAAUCCCAUUUAAACCCAUGUGCCAAACGCCCCCCUAAAUGUUUAUUAUAUACAACCAUCAUCACCGACGAGUUUUAAACGGUGCUAAACUAACACAGGAGUGUAGUCCACUCUAUAAAUUAUAAAGAUGGAGGAGAGAAUAAAAAAAAAAAAAACCUUCACUUUCUGAGAUGGAUCCGAUAACUCAGCUUCUCACUGUAAUAGCAUUCGUAUCCAUCGGAAUCCUCUUCUCCCCCGAAACAUCCCGUACAGGAUCCGACGGUGGAUAUUCUUCCACGAUAUCAACUUUGAUUAAACUGGCCCACCUAUUGAGCUUUUCUAUUGCAUGGGGUGCAGCUGUUUGGGGAGUACUGAUUGGAGGCCUUAUCAUGUUCAGGACUCUCCCAAGACAUCAGUUUGGGAAUCUGAGGACCAAAAUAUUUCCAGUGUAUUUCUUGACGGCCACUGCAUGCAGCAUGAUUUUGAUUAUAACAUUUGCUUAUGACAAUUCAUGGAGAUUGAUGGAGGAGAAACAGAAGCUUCAGCUCCUUCUUCUCUUAUCUUCGUUCGGUUUCAAUGUCAUUAAUCUCGUUGUGUUUCUGCCGAUGACGCUUGAGGUAAUGAGGAGGAGGCACAAGGUGGAGAGAGAAGUAGACAUUGGAGAGGAAGUGGGAUGGUGGAAGAACAAGCUAGUAGCCAAGCACAACCCUAACCUGGCAGCCAUGAACAAGACAUUCGCACUUGUCCAUGGGAUUGCCGCCCUGGCGACCAUGGCAUCGUUAAGCAGCCUCGCUCUGUACUCAUGGUACUUGGCUUCCAAAAUUCAUUUAUAA